AUGUCCUCACAAUCAUUCAAAGUUGGACCUGAUACCAGCACAUCUUCCCUCUCUUUGCAUUCUUUGUUCGGCAUCAAAGGUCGUCGAACAUUGAUUACAGGAGGUGGAAGUGGUUUGGGUGCUUUUACAGCAAUUGCAUAUGCAUUGCAAGGUGCACAUGUUUACAUCAUCGGCAGAAGGAAGGAGAAAUUGGAUGAAGUCAUUCAAGAUUUCGAAGUAAGGAGAAAAGAAGCAACAAAAAGCAACAAUAGUGCCGAUGCCGAGGCUGCAAAAGAAGGUAAAAUUAUUGCCAUUCAAGGUGAUGUCUCAAGUAGAGAAGGAAUCGAAAAGAUCAAAGGCAUUUACGGUCAACAUGAAAGUCAUUUAGACGUCUUAUUUAACGGAGCAGGUAUUAUCCGUUUUCCCGAAAACAAACCAAACAAAGAUGAUGGACAUGCCAUGGUCAAAGCAGAAUGGGAACAAGAAUGGUCAAACUUCACAGAUUCAUUCAAUGUUAAUGUGACAUCAAUGUACUUUUUCACCUUAGCAAUGGUACCAUUUUUGGAUAAAGCACAAAAGCCAUCAUUCACCGAACCUGGACCAAGUGUGAUCAUCGUGGCUUCCAUUGCAGGAUUAUAUUAUUCGCGUGUUCAAUCGGUUUCUUAUCAAACCAGCAAAGAUGCUGCUAUCAAAUUGAACGGACUUUUGGCAGGUAGAUUACAAUCAAUCUCAAUUCGUUCAAACGUCAUUUGCCCUGGUAUCUUCCCAUCAGAAAUGACAAAAGCAGCCUCACCAAAGGAUUACGAUGAUCCCAAACACCCUAUGCACGAUGCCAUUGUCAAUGUUAAUCCCAUCAAACGAAGCGGCACUUUCGAAGAUUGGGCCGGUUUAGUGAUCACACUUGCCUCUCGUGCAGGUGCUUAUUACAACGGAGCAACAUUCACAUUAGAUGGAGGUAGAGUUUUGAAUCUUUCAGCUGCCUAA